AUGUCGCUGGAGGGAGACAACGUUGAAGGAGGAGGCCACAAGAUGCCGCUGGAGGCCACGGGAGGGAGGCAGCAGGAGGGAAGAGGGAUGCGACGCUGGAGGUCGAGAGAGAGGUUAGGGCUUUUCCGCGUUGGUGUGUGCACGUGUAAAACACGUGAGGGAGAUUUUAUACCAGUUGUGUGGCCCAGGGGCGGACUAGGAAAACGCGGUCCAGAAGAUCUGAAGGCCAGCGAGCUCUCUAUUUUAUGCGGCGCCGAGAUCGCUCGCCUUGCUUUCUCGCCCAAUGGCAAGCCCUUCUCCUACGGCCACCCCUCCGUCAAGUCCAUCUUGGAACGAUUUUUCGGCGAUAGUGCCGAUGCCGCGCCUGCUACCCCGCCGCGGCACCUUCUCUCCGCCGUGCUGGUUCAGGCGCUCGCCCACCAGGAGAAGGAGCUGCAGGAACGGCUCGAGGCAGGUUGGAGGAGGAAGGCGACGCUCGAGGAGGCGCUUCGGGGCCGCAGUGGGGUCCUGUGA